UUUUGAGGGCACUGAAGAUUGAGAAUUUUUUUUUGACUCUCUUCUAUUUAUCAAGAUCCGUAGCUAGCACGGGUUAUUUGUUGGUUUAGUCAAUAACGCUAGCGUAAACAAAUGGGGUGGCUCCCACGUGUCUGGUCUCGGCUUUCCUCUAAAGUGAGCUUCUGGAACUGGGAAUUAAUCUGUACUUUUCUUAAAUAUCCGUAUAAUUAAAUUAUGCGGAGCCUCUGCCGUCUAGUUACGUGGUCGAGGGUCACCGAACUACGAGCAAGUGGACGGAAGACAUUAUAGUCGGCAUACAAUUCUCUAUGCGGAACCCGGCUCACCAUAUAUAUAAAGCUAAGCCCUGGUGGUGGCAUCUUCACUUCUUCAAAAUAGAACGAAAGAAGGGAAGAAAUUUUUGCCAUGGCCGGGGGUUUCAAGCUCGAUCAGAAGCACGGAAAGGCAAGGGUGAGGGUUUCUAGGGUUUGGAGGAGGAUCGCUAGCGCCGGCGGUGGUGAUGUCAUCGUCGAAUGGAACGUCAGCGUCAGCCUCGACUCCAAUUGCCAUCCCGCCUACACCGCCGGCAACAACUCCGCCAUCGUCGCCACCGAUACCAUGAAGAACACGGUUUAUGCCAAGGCGAAAGAGUGCUCCGAGGUCGUCUCGAUGGAGAGCUUCGCUGUUCUUCUCGCAAGGCAUUUCACGGCGUUCUAUCCAGAGGUCACGGCUGCCACCGUCAAUAUUGUUGAGAAGCCUUGGGAGCGUGUGGUGGUGGACGGGCAACCCCAUUCACAUGGAUUUAAACUUGGGUCUGAGAAGCAUAUGACUGAAGUAACAGUGAGCAAGUUUGGUGCUUUGAGCAUAACCUCAGGAGUUCAAGGAUUGGCCCUACUAAAAACAACGAAGUCAGGUUUUGAAGGGUUUGUAAGGGACAAUUACACGCUUCUUCCAGAAACAAGGGAAAGAAUGGUAGCAACAGAAGUCACUGCUUCUUGGAGGUAUCCUUUUGAACAUGUUUCCGAUAUUCCUGCUAAGCCAUUUUGUUUCACAGAAAGAUACGAAGGUGUGAAGAAAGUUCUGGUUGAUACCUUCUUUGGUCCACCAGAUGUGGGAGUUUACAGUCCAUCCGUUCAGAACACACUCUUCCUUAUGGCAAAAGCUGUUCUGAGCAGGUUCCUUGACAUAGUAUCAAUUCAGCUCAGAAUGCCAAACCUCCACUUUUUACCAGUCAAUUUAUCCAGCAAGGAAAACCCAGACAUGGUGAAGUUUGCUGAUGAUGUCUAUAUGCCGACUGAUGAGCCACAUGGUACCAUAGAAGCAACACUGAGCCGCACCAUGUCCAAGAUGUAGACAUUGAUGGCGGCCCUUUAUUGAACACUAAAUUGCUACAUGACUGAUGUUGUAUGGUCACCUGCUUCUCUUUGGGAUUUAGAGAUUACAUCAAUUUAAUAAUGCUUUAUAUUGAAGGGUGAGAUCUCAUCCACACUUGGUUAAGACAAUACCAGGGGCCACCCCCCGCAAACCAUAUGCAGAUUUGGAUAAAAUAACGUCACCGUAAAUAUUUUCAACUCUCAAGUUUU